UACAUAAUACACAAUACAUAAUACACAAUACAUAAUACAUAUAUGUAAUACUUCAAGUUGAGAUUCAUUGUUCAUCAUUGUAAUCUUCGUCUCAAUUCCGAGAACAUUCAAUUCAUAGUAUCUACAAGCAUCGUAACUUCAAAGCUCGAAUUCUCACAAUGGGUGGCCGUAUUGACUUGUAUAUCGACCUCGCGUCGAUAUACAGCUAUGUCGUAUUCGUCCAAGUCCUCAAAAACCAAGACCUGCUGAAGCAACACUCCAUAGAAGUCGACUUCCACCCCGUCCUCCUGGGCGCCAUCAAUGCGGGCUCCGGCAACACCCCCCCCUGGACCCUCCCCGCCAAAGCCGCCUACGGCCCCCACGACACGCGGCGCUCCCUCCGCGCGGCCGGGCUCCCGCACCUCUCCGUCCCGGCCCUCGACACCCUGCUCGUCGCGGCGCGGACCCAGCUCCCGCUGCGGGCCCUCCACCACAUCAAGGCCGAGCACCCCGGCGCCGUCUACCUCGGCGCGUGGCGCCUGCUGUUCCAGGCCUUCUGGGACGCGCGCGCCCCGCCCAACACCCCGGACGCCCUGGCGCGCGCUCUCCUCGCUUCUCCCUCCUCGUCGGAAAAGGAACACCCGCUCUUCACGCCCGCCCAGGCCUCCCGCAUCGUCGACAGCGCCGCCUCCGGCUCCCCGCGCCUCAAGGACGCGCUGAGGCGCUCGACCGCCGAGGCGCUGGAGCGCGGCGCCUUCGGCGCCCCCUGGCUGUGGGUCACGAACGCGAGCACGGGAGCCAGCGAGCCGUUCUUCGGCAGCGAUCGCUGGGGGCAUGUGUAUGAGUUUUUGGGGCUGCCGUAUCGGGAGCUCGAGUUGUUGCCGGUUGGUAAGGGGGCUAAGCUGUGAUUUCUCCGGUGUGGGGAGGAAAAGGGG